AUUAGGGUUUUUUUAGUUUAUUUGAAAUUAGAUUUGGCUUGAGAGCAUGUAAUUCGAAACUUAAUAUGUGAUUUGUUGUUUUGGUGUACAACUACAGUUAUGAUGAUUAGUUGAUUACUAUGUAGCUUAGCUUUAGUUUUGAUCAUGUUAUGAAUAGGAUCUUUGUGUUUUGAUUGCUACUGGUUGAUUCGGAAAGUGUCGGAAGUUAAAUUAACUCUGUGCCUCUACAUUUAUUCUAAAGAAUUUUCUGCUCUGGCAGGUUGUCUGACGUGGCAUGAUGGGUGGAAGUGCAAUAGAUGAUGACUGGGAGCUUACUUCACCAUCUAAUGGGGUUCGCACUGUGGUCUUAGUUGGGCGUACAGGUAAUGGCAAAAGUGCGACAGGCAACAGUAUUCUUGGAAGGAAGGCCUUCAAAUCAAGGGCUAGCUCAUCUGGUGUUACCAGUACUUGUGAAUUGCAGAGAACUGUGAUUACAGAUGGUCAAAUUAUCAACGUCAUUGACACUCCUGGACUGUUUGAUUUUUCUGCUGAAUCUGAAUUUGUUGGCAAAGAAAUUGUCAAAUGUAUUAACAUGGCCAAGGAUGGGAUCCAUGCAGUCCUUGUAGUAUUCUCAGUUAGGACCCGCUUUUCACAAGAAGAAGAAGCUGCACUUCGUAGCUUACAGACUUUGUUUGGAAGCAAGAUAUUUGACUACAUGAUUGUAGUAUUCACAGGAGGAGAUGAACUUGAAGAUAAUGAUGAGACAUUGGAAGAUUAUCUAGGUCGUGAAUGUCCUUGGCCUUUAAAGGAAAUUCUCACACUCUGCAAGAAUCGACGAGUGCUUUUUGAUAACAAAACUAAAGAUGAACUUAAGAGAGCUGAACAGCUUCAGCAGCUUCUUUCCCUUGUAAAUAUGGUCCUAGUCCAAAAUGGUGGACAACCAUACACAGAUGAGUUAUUUGCCGAGUUGAAACAAGGGGCUAUGAAACUUCGUGAUCAACAAGAAGAGGUUGAUUCUUUGAAAGGUUAUUCUAAACGAGAAAUAUUGGAGCUGAAGGAGCAGAUGCAUAAGUCAUACGAAGAACAACUGAAACGAAUAACUGAGAUGGUUGAGUCAAAGCUUAGGGAGACAACAACUAGGCUUGAGCAGCAGUUGGCAGAGGAGCAAGCUGCCCGACUAAAAGCACAGGAGAUAGCACAAUUGGCUCAGAUGAAAUCAAAUGAUGAAAUCCGCCAGCUAAGAGAGAAUUUAGAAAGAGCUCAAAGGGAGACUGAGGAACUCCGUAGGCAGGCUGAAAGUCGGUGCACCAUUCUAUGAUAAUAUUUGAGUAUUAUUUCUAGCCUAUAUAUUUGGUUUGUCAAGCUUUUACUUAAGGAUUAUGGUUUUAUUUGUCGGGUAAUUUGUUUUAAAUCCUGUAUGUAAAUGCUUACCAAUGUUGGCUUAAGAUUUCAAUACAUGAACAUAUGUGCUCACUUCAGUUUCCUAGUUGUUGGAAAGUGGAAAUUUAGCUGCUCGAAAAGGUGGUUUCAAA